AUGUUUAAGGUACAUCGACAUGAUAGGAAUAGUGUUAAUAAAAUUAUUUUCUCGCCUCGCAACAAUAUGACAGAAAAAAUAAUGGAGAAUGUAAUAAAUGAACUGAACUGGAUUGAUCUGGCGUCAGGUUUGUCAUCAGAUUCAUUGGAAUUUGAUUUCUACAAUGCUACAGCAUUUUUGGGUGAUUCCAGUGACAUAAUUACAAUGGUGAAUUUUGAGGACGCAGGAUCACAAACAAAUAAUUUCACAUACUCCAUUAGAACGCUUGUUCAGGGACCGAGGUAUGAAUUAGAAGAGCCUUUUCGGGAAUUCUUUUAUGAUCUUCAACAUGCAGAGAGCUAUGUCACUCCUUCCUUGGGGUGGUUGCAGUGGGCUAUAGAUAAGUCUUAUAUAGAAUACAUUGGAAACCGCAGUGUUUUAAAAAAAUUGCAAUUUCGCUACCGAACAAAUUUCAUACCAGAUUAUGUGCAAGUGAUACAGAGUUUUAUUAAUAUGUGCAUGGUUCUUGCGCCGCUGCCUUUUUUCUUAUACAAGGCUUCUAAGUUCAGCUACGCAAAAGGAAAUGGAUUUCAGAACUUGAUGAGAUUAGCAGGAGUUUCAUAUAAUGUAUACCGAAUUUCACAUUUGCUGUUCACUGUUGUCACAUCGUCUAUAUACGCAACAAUUAUUGCUGGUAUUCUUAAGUGGUCUUCACAUCCAAUUCUCCCUUACAGUAAUCCUGUGAUCAUAUACAUUAGCAUUGUUUUAUACUUCUUGAACGUAAAUAGUUUAGCGUUCGUGACAAGUACCAUAUCUUCGGAUUAUCACUAUAAUAACAGCUUGGCUAUGUUGGUGUACAUCAUCACUUUCCUAGUGGGCUUUAAAUGGUUUACACAAAAGAUGACUACUGAAACUACACGGAUUAUCGUGUGUUGCCUUCUGCCACAUUCACCAAUAUUCAUGUUUUGGGACAAUGUGAUCUAUUUGGAAAACCUUGGUAAAGGCGUUACAUUCUCGGAGAUAAAUAAAAUGCAUGGUUAUCAUCUACCGGUAACAGUUAUAUGGUUGGUACUCCUGUUGCAUAUAGUAUGGUUACUGAUCCUGGACUGGUACCUGGAUCACGUUAUACCAUCAAAGUUUGGCGUCACUCGCAAGUGGACAUUUAUAUUUAAGCGUAAAAUGUUAAGCUCCAAAAGGAGGAAAAGUGUAAAUUUCCACGUGACAGCGGAACAAAAUGUGCGGGUACUGAGGGACAGCAGAUAUUUUGAAGACUUGCCCAGCCAUGCUGAGAUUGCUGUUAAAGUAACUAAACUAACGAAGAUAUAUAAAUCAAAGUCGGGAGGAGUAGUUGCCUUGGAUAAAGUCUCUUUAGAUGUAUUCAGGGGGGAAGUGACAGUACUUCUUGGGAACAGGGGCGCUGGGAAAAGUACUUUAAUGGGUAUCAUUUCAGGCAUGCAGGCGCCCAGUUCUGGGAAAGUGUAUAUCAAUGGCAUGGACAAUGUACUUAGGCUAAGCGAAGUAAUGGAUAAUGUAUCAUUUUGUCCUAAACAAAUAGUGCUGUACCGAUACCUCACUGUUAGAGAGAACAUAACAUUCUUUGAGAAGUUGAAAAAGUUUCAAGAAAAAUCUAUAGUUGAUGAUCUAAUAACUCAGCUACAAAUGACUGAAUAUGAAAAUUUACUUCGCGAUCAACUUCCUAGAGGAUUGCGCAGAUGCUUACAGGUGGCGUGUUGUAUAGCCAGUGGUGCAGAAAUAUUAGUUUUCGACGAACCCACUCAUAAAAUGGGUAUUGAAGCGAAACAUCGAGUUUGGGAUUUAAUAAUGAAACUCCGAGGACGAAAGACGGUAAUUAUGUCAACGCCAAUUCUAGAAGAAGCAUCUGCGCUAGGUGAUCGUAUUGUUAUUCUAAAUAAAGGGAAGGUGCGGUGCUUUGGCAGUCCAAGUUUUCUUAGUAAUGCUAUUGGUAUUGGGUUAAAUCUGACUAUAAGACUACACGAACCAACUUAUUUAGAAGAUGUACAGAACCUUGUAGAACUCGCUAUUCCUAAUGUCAAGAGUCAGGUUUACGGGAGUAGAAGCGUCACUUUUAUGCUGCCUCAAAAGGAGCGUGAUUCAUUCAUCAACCUUAUUGACACUUUGGAGCAGAAAAAAAGGGAUCUUGGAAUCACUACUAUGGAUGUUGGGGUAUCUAUGCAGGCAGUUUAUUUAGAGUUUAUUGAUCAAUUCAAUGACGAAGAUGUUAUUCUCGAAGCCCAAUAUGAGGAUGCUAUAAUGGAAAAGCGCAAGGAUUGGAGGGUAGUGCGAACCCAGUUUUUAAUUUUAAUAAAAAGGGUAUAUCAUUAUGUAUGGAUGAAGAAAUACCAGUUUACAAUGAUGCAAGUCAUCCUUCCAAUAAUCAUACUAUUCCUAGUAACACUUACUACAAACAGAAAAUACGGGUAUAGCAAAUUUGGACCAUUAAAAAGUGAUGUCGACACAUUGGUCUUCGACCUGGGACCUUACAAACGCAAUGCUGUGAACGACGUCGUGGAUAAAUAUGGAGUCUAUCCACUGUUUUCCAAGAAUGUCGAAAAAGACCUGGAUCUUCUGCCCGUAUCACCUGAAAAGACUGUAGGUCUAAAAAUGUCUAGAACUACCACUAAAAUGUUUCUCCCAGAUGAUCCUUACGCGUUAACAAAAAGCGUGAACAUGUUCAGUAAUUUAUACUUAAAUAUACAUAUGCCUAAGGCAAAUAAGACCAUAAUUACAAGAUAUAAGCCUAUUAAUAAACUGAACAAUGUAGUCGAACCGAAACCUGUUUUUCUAUGUGUAAUUUGGGCAGUAUGGGUUUCAUUUUGCUCCAUGUUAACACUAGCUCCUUUUAUUAUGCUGGCGAUAAUGGAACGGAAAACUGGAACACGAGAUAUUCACAUUAUGGCAGGCUGUUCUGCUUUAGUCCAUUGGUCUUCAAAGCUAAUUGCAUACAUGUCAAUUUAUUUAGCUAUAGUCCCCAUUUCUGUGCUUCUAACAGCCCUGUGUUUUGAUUUUGAUAAUACAUUCAAUCAUUUGGAAUUCCUUGGUGUUCUGUUCUUAAUAUUAAUAGUGUUUGCAAUAGCUUUUCUCGCGCAUCUGCAGUUCUUAAGCUUCAUUUUGCACGAUUAUGUGGCUAUUGGCCAGAUCUACUUCAUGUCAUUUGGUUUUGGUAUCAUAGUUCCCGUUUUCUUGACAGCUCUAGAAUUUCAAGGAAUCGAAAAUGAAGCGAUCAGAAUUACAUUCAUUAUAAUGAUGGUCUUGGUGUAUAUAAGCCCUUUAUUCGUUUUUACUGACAGUUUAUUUCAACUUGUCUUAUUGGCGAGGCUGAACACCUACUGUGUGUUAAAUAAACAUCUAUGUCCAAAUUUAAUUGUAAACAACGAGAAUUUUUCUUCAAAGAUUUGUUGUGAUUCAUCAUCCAAAGUUCCGUACUCAUAUUUUGAUGCAACGUCAACAAUCAACAUAAUAGUUCUAGUUAUGCACGUUUUUCUUUACAUGACUAUUGUAAUACUCUUACAAAAAAGGAUAAUUCAGUACUGGAUUGAACGUAUAUUAUUUUACAAAUAUAAGCCUCCGCAACAAAGAUAUUUCAAUAAUGGAGUUGAAAUGGAGAAAGCUGUGGUUCGGGACAGAUAUCUAAUAAAACAAUUCAGCAAUGAGGUACUUAUGGCUCACAAAUUAUACAAAACAUUUUACCGAUGUAUGAAAAAGUUACAAGCUGAUGACGCUAUACAAGGGAUAACGUUUCUAGCUAAAAAAGGUGAAUGUAUAGGCGUUUUGGGUCCAACUGGAGCUGGUAAAUCGACACUUCUGCGAUUGUUAGCUGGAUGUCUACCGAUGACUAGGGGUGACAGCUGGGUCGCCGGUUACAACAUAAGAGCGGAUAGAAAUAAGUACUUACGUAAAGUGGGGCUAGUUACAACCACGGGGCAACUUGACAGAUUUUAUACGGGUUAUGAGAAUCUUGUCCUCAUCUGUCAACUAGCUGGAUAUUCCAAAAUAGCAGCAGAAAGAUUAUCAACGUUGCUUUUACAAGAUUUGGGUCUAAACUCUUACGCUAACACCUUAGUUGACAAGUACAAUCACAGCUGUUGGCAGCGUCUCUUGUUAUGUGUAGUGUAUGUUCUGGAUCCUGCAGUAGCGUUUAUAGACGAGCCAAUGGUAAAUGUGGAACAUGGGACAAGGUCUAUUAUCGCGAGAGCCAUAAGGAAAAUCGUGGCUAGUGGAACAACUUGUAUUGUGGCGGAGUCUAGUUUAGAUUGGUAUCAAAUGGAGUCAGUUUAUAACCGCUUAGCAAUCCUAUAUGGUGGCCAGUUUGCAGCCAUAGGACAAGCGAGUGAUGUUGUCGGUAACCUUACAACUGGCUAUUCUGUGCAUAUUAAACUUAAAGUUCCUAAAGCAUAUUGGUGUUCUCAAGCGAGCUUAGCAGAAUCCUUAACUGAAGCAAAUAUAGAUAUUGAUCGUGCAAACGAAAUACAGGCCCUUAAAGAUGACUUCAAAACAGAGUUUGUUAGCAGUGUUGUUGCCCAAGAAAAUGUGUGUAUGUUAUUUUUCUACAUUGAAAAUGAAGAACUUGCAUUGUCAUACAAUGAAUUGUAUUCGAAACUUCAUAAAUUAAUAGACAAGCACAAAAAUAUAAUGGAAAGUUACACUUUUAACAAAACAACUAUUGAAGAAGUCUUCUGGCGAAUACCUUAUCUCAUUGACCAUUUUACGUAA